AUGUCACAUCGGCGGUCAGUGCCGUCGUCGCGGCGGACCACUGCUGAGUUCGAGAGACAAACUCGUAGCCGUAGUCACUUCAGCGACACCGAGUCAUCUCUCGUCGGCGUCUCGACAAGCCAAUCGCGCACUUCACGCAAGGUACAGAAGAUCACGGAGGUGCUCUCAUGGCUUGGCUCCCGCAACCCGCUUCCGGCGAAAAUCAGCGGCGACGACGUGGUCUGGCUCAUGGACAAUGUUGCAUUCCGAGACAGCAAAGGGACGUGGCAGGCAGAGUUCGUGGCCGCGACUUUCGAUCAGCAGCCGUCGGAAAGUAUCGUCGACGUCGUGGGCGAUAUCGCCGACAAGGUCGGACUGGCGAGAGGGGAGCUACAAGAGGAGGCGGUCGAGCGGCGUAUUGGUCCUUUCGUCAUGUGCAUCCUCCCCGGAAGGCAGAUCAAGGUCAAAUUCAAUGGCUCGACCCCUCUGAAGCUCGGCCCGACCGGCCGAAACGGCAUUUCCAGCGACCUGAAGGCCCUCCCAGGGGCGGCGGGAGGGUCUGUGGUGACAUCAGCUGCAGAAGUGCCUAAGGGCGUGGUCGGCAUGCUGGAGAUGAAAACAGUCUUUGCGGAACCAGAUGGGUGGGCGGUGAUCUCGGACAUCGACGACACGAUAAAAGUAACGCAGACGAGCAACCCCAUCGGAAUCCUGCGGUCAACCUUUGUGUCUGAGCCAACCCCGGUGGCGGGCAUGCCGGAACUCUGCUCGCAAAUCCGGGAUCUGGUAGGCCCGUCGGCGCCGUGGUUCUACCUCUCGGCCUCUCCUUACAACCUGUAUCCCUUCCUGCGCAGCUUCAGGGACGCAUACUACCCCCACGGGCAGCUGAUCCUCUCGGUAUCCGGCCUGCUCCAAAGCCUGACGAUGGAAACAGAACGGUACAAGGUCGACAGGAUGGAAAAGAUCCACCGCUGGCUGCCACGCCGGAAGAUGAUAUGCAUUGGAGACUCGACGCAGAGUGACCCUGAGGCAUACGGUGACAUUGCGCGGGCGUUUCCGGGAUGGAUCAAGUUGAUUCUCAUACGCCAGGUGAACGACAUCGCGGCGAUUGGAAUCAAGGAGAAGAACGAGCCGGAAAGGUUUGAAAAGGCAUUUGACGGGCUGCCUCGGUAG